CCUGCGGGGGGGACCGCGGGAGGGCCGGGGGCGGCUCUGCCGGCCUGGGGCCCGCCGUCGGGGCGGCUACUCGGGGCGCUGCGGUGGGAGCCCCUGCCCGGGAGGCGCUGCCGUCCCCUCCCGUCCCGUCCGCGCCCCUGCGCGGUGUGUCUCUCCCCCAGAGGCGCGGGCUUCGCGGGAAGGGCGGGAUAAAGUGCUCGGGGACGAACGUUUCACCGGACGGGCGCUUCGGGCCGCUUCAUCCUUCGGGUCUGCUCCGGCCCCGGACGCAGGUCCUUUGCCUUGCAGCCGCCAAGCGCCUGCUUUGGCAUCAGCGCCCGCUUACCUCGCAAGCGCAACCACCCCGGCUCCGCAAAGCGUCCCCAUGGCGUUGCUCCUGAGACUCGGCUGCUCGCUGCUGGCCCUCAGCACCUGCCUGCUCCCGAGGGCGCGGGCGGACUGCGGCCGCGACUGCGCCGCCUGCGCCUACCGCCUGGGACCCCGCGCCGGCAUCCACCCCCUGGCAUGUACACUAGAAUGUGAAGGAAAGCUGCCUUCUGCCAAAGCCUGGGAGACCUGCAAGGAGCUCCUGCAACUGGCAAAGCUGGAUCAUUCUGAGGAUGGCAACAUUGCCCCAGGAGACAAAAAAGAGCUGGAUGAGAACCAUUUGCUUGCGAAGAAGUACGGAGGCUUCAUGAAAAGAUACGGGGGGUUCAUGAAGAAAAUGGAUGAGCUCUAUCGGGUAGAACCAGAGGAUGAAGCUAAUGGAGGAGAAAUCCUGGCUAAGAGGUAUGGAGGGUUUAUGAAGAAAGACUCGGAUGAUGAUGCCCUUGCGAAUUCCUCUGAUCUGCUGAAGGAGCUUCUGGGAACAGGAGAUAACCCCGAAGCAGGGCAUUACCGAGAGAUAAACGAGAAUGACGGGGACAUCAGCAAAAGAUAUGGAGGCUUCAUGAGAAGCAUAAGGCGCAGCCCCGAAUUGGAAGAUGAAGCCAAAGAGCUGCAAAAGAGAUACGGUGGUUUCAUGAGAAGAGUGGGCAGGCCAGAAUGGUGGCUGGAUUACCAGAAACGGUACGGUGGGUUUCUUAAGCGCUUCGCCGACUCCAUUCUCCCUUCAGAAGAAGAUGGGGAAACUUAUUCCAAAGAGGUCCCAGAGAUGGAAAAGAGAUAUGGUGGAUUUAUGAGAUUUUAAUACCUUUCCCUUUAUCCCUUUUGUCCUAAAUGAGAAAGACUGCCUUAUUGGUCAUAACUUAUUGUAACGUGUUGCUUGUACUGUACAGUUUUUUACUGUCCUUGGUUAAUGAUGCAACCUGCGAUUUCUUGUUUCAGGUUCUGUGUUCUUUCAAGUCAAAUAACUGAUUUCUGGUUUAGUCAAGUUUCAGACUGUAUUGUAGUUUCCAUGCUAGAACUAUUUUGAUUACUGUAUUAAUUUUCUUUAAAAGGAAGUACAUCUACAGUAGAGUUGCUUAACUGUAUAUACAAUAAAUUCUUCAUCCUAACUGCA